AUGGAGGGCUCCUCGCCGCCCUCCUCCGCCCUCAAGCGGGGCCCGGGGGGAGCCGGGCUACAGCCGGCCGGCGAGGAGGAGGCGGCGGCGGGGCCCGAGGAAGAGGCGCCCGUGCCCAAGAACUACCUGUGGCUCAGCAUCCUCUCCUGCUUCUGCCCCGCCUACCCCAUCAACAUCGUCGCCUUCGUCUUCUCCAUUUGGGCAGUGAACAGUUACAAUGACGGAGAUUUUGAAGGGUCAAAGAGGCUGGGCCACAAUGCCUUCUGGGUAGCCAUCGCAUCAAUUAUUAUUGGGAUCGUGAUCAUAGCGCUGUACUGCGUAGUCCAUUUCACUACGUAUGCCAUCUGAAGACCAAGAGUGGACAUGAAAGGUCGCCGUCUUCAAGCCCUCUGGGAAAAGCAGAAAAUCCCAAACAAAGAAGAGAAAA